GUCUCCACACACGCACACGCGGGCUGGCACCGAGGGGGGACUCAUUAGUGUCAGUCACGACGCGGCUCCUCGCCUGACAGCACAGGACGAGGCUCAAACCGCCGCUUUAAGGCUCAUUUCCUGCCAUUGUCACAGAGUCGUGAGCAGGAAGAGGCAGACCUGCUGCCGGGCUCUGGGGGCGGGCGGGGGGCUGCUGGUGCCCGUCGUAUGCCGCCCACCUCGUAUUUAAACACGGUGCUUCUUUCUGGACGAGCACGAUCUGUAGCGAGCGGCUGACCUUGCGGCUCGCGGAGCCGCGCAGCGACGUGCUUGAUGGCCCAUCGGGAAAUGAUGACAGCGUUCGACAUCAUCGCUUCUCUGCCGUCUAAAAGCAUCUAGAAGGAAAAAAAAAAAAAAACAACAACAACAAUACGCACGCGCACGUACUUGAGGCUGGAAUCGAGGUUUUCGGACGUCGGGGAACAGGUGCGGCACCCCCCACAGAUCCGGAUCCAGUCGUUUGUGGAGGAAUGUCGUCCACCAUCGAGAGGAAAACGCUGGAAGCCAACGAGGAACCCGUGGAUGAGGUCCUGCAGAUGCCUCCGUCUCUGCUGACGUGUGGCGGCUGCCAGCAGAGCAUCGGCGACCGCUUUUUCCUGAAGGCCAUCGAGCAAUACUGGCACGAGGACUGCCUCAGCUGCGACCUGUGCGGCUGUCGCCUCGGGGAGGUCGGCCGCCGCCUCUACUAUAAGCUGGGAAGGAAAUUGUGUCGCAGAGACUACUUAAGGCUUUUCGGUCAGGACGGCCUCUGCGCAUCCUGUGAGAAGCGGAUCCGAGCAUUCGAGAUGACCAUGCGCGUGAGGGACAAAGUCUAUCACCUGGAAUGCUUCAAGUGCGCCGCUUGCCAGAAGCACUUCUGCGUCGGCGACCGCUACCUGCUCAUCAACUCCGACAUUGUUUGCGAGCAAGACAUCUUUGAGUGGACCAAGCUCAACAAUAACAGUAUGGUGUAGAACCACGUGCCAUGUCUUUGUGUUUCCUGGACUUUUGAAGGGCCGGUUUCACGGAAGAGCAAUCAAUGAUACACGGGUUUUACCCAGCGAUGCAAAAGUUUGGAACUGCCUCAUCGCUUCACGUGCAAAGAGUUCUACGUAAAAGAGGAGGAAGCUCAAAAUCUCGUUUGUUGGAAGCUCAUAUUAAUAUCUGGACCGUGACAAGCAGCUCUUUAUCUCAGGCCUCAGAAAUGCAAAACAAUCAGAAUUAAUUUACAAUAGCAGUUAAUAAUCUUACUGGUCUUGUCAACUUGUGCAAGAUUACUGCAACUUUCUAAUAGUGGAAUAAAAUAACCAGCUAGAUAUAUUUAGUUUUAUUUUUUUCUUUACCGUGUUUGUAAAAAGUUACAUUCAAGUUUACAUUUUUUUCUACAUCAUGAUAAAAUACAUUUCCUAAAAAUGUACGUCAAACACGAGUAUUAUAUUAGAAGCACUGAUGAGAAUUGUUGUAUUUUUUUAUUCACAGGAGUAAUGCUGAUGACUUGAUAUUUUGGAACUUCAACUUCUCAAAAGAUGCACUGACAAUGUUUGAAAUAUUUGUAUGGCUUUAUUCAUUUAUCUUCACUACCACUUAUCCUCACAGGGAUCGCGGGUGGAUUUCUACAAUGCAUUAAAAUUUGGACUCUAAAGCUU